UUCUUCCUUUUUGGCUCUCCUUCAACCAGAUCGAACGCGUCCAUCAUCUCCCCGUCUCCUCAGCUCUUCCGCCGCUGGCCUUCUCCGUCGUCCCCAGCAUCGUUCCUCCGCCGCCACUCUCUCACUCCUUGACACGCACCAUUAUUUGUUUAUUUGUUCAGACUGGAAGUUCAGAAACUGCUGCUGUCUUGGAGUAUCAGCUAAGAAAUUAGCCCAUCUCCUUGAAUAGAAUAAAGAAAGAAGGCAAGAAAAGAGGAAUUUACAAAACAAACAACAGGGAAUCUUCACAGAGAGACUAGUGAUGAUGUUAAGUUUGAAGAAACUAACUUCAGCAGCAGCAGCACCUGCAAUUCUUCAUCAUUCAAGGCGUCUUGUCAGACCAAAUUAUAUCACUACUGAUAAGCUGGUGGGUUCUUUCAUCCCUUCAAAAAAUCCAUCUCAGUGGACCUCCAACCGCUUCCUUGAUAUCUACCAGCUUGCAAACAAGGCUGCAAUUGAGAAGGAACGUGCUAGGAUUUCAGAUGAAAUGAGUAGGGGCUAUUUUGCUGAUUUUGGAGAGAUGAAGAAACAUGGUGGCAAGAUUGCAAUGGCAAAUGAGAUUAUAAUUCCGGCAAUGGCAGCUACUAAGUUUCCUGCAUUGGAAGUGAACUUUUCUGAUGGUUCAAGUCUUAAGCUGCCCAUUACAUCUGGUGGAAAUGGCUCUAGUGCUGACAAAUUGGAUGUUCCUAAAGCGUCAUUGCUCUGUCUUUCAUUCCGCGGAAGCUCACAGGCAAUGAUUAAUUCUUGGAGCAAGCCAUUCCUUGAUGAGUUCUGCAGCUCCAACGAAACUCAGUUAUUUGAGGUUUCCUUGAUAGAGUCGUGGCUACUAAGGCGUAAUCUAAUAAAGAAGCUGCUUCUGCGAAUAAUGAAGAAACCUAGCCCUGAUGAUAAGAAGAAUGUACUGCAGAGACAAAUCGUAUAUUCUUUCGGCGACCAUUACUAUUAUAGAAAAGAGCUCAACAUAUUGAACCUUCUAACCGGUUAUGUGUUCUUGCUCGACAAGUUUGGUAGAAUACGGUGGCAAGGUUUUGGAUCUGCAACUCCAGAAGAGGUGUCUUCACUGUUGGCCUGCACUGCACUUUUGCUUGAAGAGGCAUGACGUUAACAGGAAAUGAGAUGCCCAAUGUCAAUAUUUACUGGCAUGAUAUGAAGAAUGGAUCCUGACUUUCUAGUUUCUCAUUGCUUGUGACGACCGCAUUUUGGCUAAUGAAAUUGACAAGGUACUAUGAACUCAAGCAGCUAUGAAAUGCAAUGCAAUCGAAAGCCUGGAUAGUUUACUUGAAAGAUAAGAAGUGACUGUGCAAUUGAUCUUUUGACAAAGAAUCCUAGCAUAGAUGAAACCGUCCAUUAAUUUGCUACAGUUAUUAACUGUAAAGCAAAUAGACAGGGAGUGGGAUGGUAAAAUGAGACAGAAAUCUGUUGUGGUCGGCGCAGGCAAAUCUUUCAUUUUGGAAAAGCAUUUUACUGUUUGAAGAAAGCUAAUGAAACAAAGACAUCCAUUAUAUAUCUAACUGCAAGGUCGUCAAUAUGACAUCCCUGUUCUUUAUGCAAAGACAAUCAUGUGCAUUGCCUACACAAUAAAUAAUGAGGCUAUCAUUGCGAAGAUUCUUACAAGUCAUCAGGUAGAAACAAAGAAAAAAGUUCAGUAAUGCACCUGAGGACACCUUUCUGGAUGGCUGCAGCUCCACAAAGUUACAGGUUUCUUUCCUAUUUUCACAUUAUCAAACGGGACAAGGGAAAAGGCAUAGAACUAUGGAAGCAUAUGCUAUAUUUAUGCUAUUCUAUUUCUUUGGGAAUAUUGAAGAAGACAAGUCAGGAGUUUUGCUUUGUCUGAUGGUUGAAAGACAAAAUGUGUGGCAAAUCUCCUGUAUUUUUAUACUUUUCAAUUCAUAAAUUUCUGGAUUGGGGACAU